AUGUCGACUCCAGAACAUACCCAAACUGCCAUGAUUUCGGAUACCACCGAACAGGCUACCGUGAAGCUACCCAAGGGCCGGGAGCCUGUGGAGGGACAGUUCUUACCCAAGGAAAAGGUUAUCGACCAUGAAAUCUCCGUUUCUAAAGCAAUCUUACCGAAUUCCCCCCUUUCCCCUUUUUCUGACAUCGAAACCGUGGAUCUCAGCUGUUUUGAACCUCCACACUCUACUCCUGUGACAUACAAAGAGACUGCUCACAAGACGGUCACGUCUGAUACUGAUGCCAUUAUGAGCUUGGAUUCAGAAAAGAAAACGAGCACUCCGACAGCCACCUCGCCCACAAAUACAUUGAGGGAUACCAUUGGUGAUAUCACAGUGCAAGAAGCUCCAACUGCUACAACACCACAAGCUCAUGCCACCUCCGAAAGUCCAAUUGCAGAGAGUGUGAGCCGCAUUGAUAACGCCGUCAGCGGUGACCCAUUCGUGGGGAGAUCGCAGGCUACCAAAUCAACCAAAGUCAAGGCCUCUCCUUUCAAAGGAGAUCCAACUAUCAACAUCGAUAGCCUGCCGAAGCCUGAGGAGGAACUGAAUGAUGCUCAGAUUUCCAUUCUGUGCACUCAAUCAAAAGAGAUUCGCAAGAAGUAUGGCAAGUAUUUCUGCAGCACUGGCAUCAUACGCUCUGCCUACUAUGGAAUCAUCUUUGCGAGAAAAGAAGAUGGCACUCUACAGCACUCAGAAGAUGUCCUUAAUUCCAACGUACCAAGGUGGGAAUCGCGUCUUCUUUACCACGAAGAUCCCCGCACGUGGACUAGCAAAGGAGAACCGCGCCAAAGGUCCCAUGGCUCCCCAGCAAAACGGAAAGUCAUGGUGGAAACCUUGGAUCAGGGGGAAAGCAAAAAGGUCCGUUUUACACAGAAUCUUGCGGAUAACCCGGAACCCUCGGCGGCAGCGGCAACAGGAAGCCGACCCUGUCCAGUGCAUCUGGCAGAAUCUCCAGCUGGCCAACAGAGCAACAACAGGAUUGCCCCAGGAGAUCCAAAUUAUCUCCUUAGGUUUGUCUCAUGGCUAGGCUAUGAGAUUUUCAAACUGAAUCACUAUAUUAUGGACACCGCAACCAUGACAAAAGAUAUAGAUUACCAAAAUGGCCUCAUUGAGGUGUUGAUCAGGUCACAAAAGUUGCGGUCAGCUUGCAUCAGCCUCCAGGGCCAUUUGAGGAAAAAUCAACAGGUGGAAGAAUGA